UGCCAACUGUUUUCCCCCCGACAUUAAAUAUAACUGUGGAGUGCCGCUGAGGAUGUGCGUGUAGUCGGUUCGUUGCCCCCUUCCUCGUCUAACAACGCAAAGAAAAGGAAUCCCACAGAAAGCGAGGAGAUGUGUCGGUCCGUCCUAUUCGCCCUGCUCGGCCUGACAGCCGGGCUCGUUAUCGGGUUUCCCACCCAGGAGGAGGAAAACAGUGGCGGAAAACACUGGGUGCUUAUCGUGGCUGGCUCCAACGGCUGGUACAACUACAGGCACCAGGCCGAUGCUUGCCAUGCCUACCAGAUUGUCCACAAGAAUGGCAUCCCCGACGAGCAGAUUGUGGUUAUGAUGUACGAUGAUUUGGCUGGAAAUGAACAGAAUCCUACCCCUGGGAUACUGAUCAAUAGACCAAAUGGCAGUGAUGUGUACAAGGGAGUUCCUAAAGACUACAUCGGGGAAGAUGUUACCCCAGAAAACUUCCUGGCAGUGCUGAAGGGUGAUGCCUCAAAAGUCAAAGGUGGCUCUGGAAAAGUGCUGAAGAGUGGACCCAAUGAUCAUGUGUUUGUUUACUUCACCGAUCACGGAGCACCUGGUAUUCUGGCAUUUCCCGCCGAUGAGCUCCAUGUUGAAGACCUUCAAGCAGCCAUUACAUACAUGCACGACAACAAGAAAUACAAAAAGAUGGUGUUCUACAUUGAAGCAUGUGAGUCCGGGUCAAUGAUGAACCACCUGCCUACUGACAUUGAUGUGUAUGCCACCACAGCAGCCAACGCUGAGGAGUCCUCUUAUGCCUGCUACUAUGAUGAGAAACGGGACACCUACCUGGGUGACUGGUACAGCGUGAAUUGGAUGGAGGACUCUGAUGUGGAGGAUCUGACAAAAGAAACAUUGCUACAGCAGUUUAAGAUUGUGAAGAACCACACAGACACGAGCCACGUCCAGCAGUACGGAAACAAGACUUUGGCCCACAUGAAAGUUGUACAGUUUCAGGGUAAUCCCAAAGCAGACAGUCCAGCUCCGAUGAACCUGCCACCCAUUACAAACCUGGAUCUGACCCCGAGCCCUGACGUUCCUCUGGCCAUCCUGAAGAGGAAGAUGAUGGCCUCCAAUGACAUCAAUGUGGCACGGGGCCUGCUCAUGGAGAUCAGUGCCCACCUCAAGAUCAGGGACGUGAUGGCCGACACUAUGCGCAAAGUGGUCGAGAGAGUCGUCGGCAAUUCGUUCAAGGCCAAUGAUAUGUUAAACAGCAGAGCUGACCUCUCCCAGCAUCAGUGCUACAAGGCGGCAGUGAAGCACUUCAAACACAACUGCUUCAACUGGAGCAAACCUGAGUACGAAUAUGCCCUCAGACAUCUGUAUGCGCUGGUGAACCUAUGUGAGGGAGGAUAUCCUGCAGAGAGCAUCCAGCAGGCCAUGGACACCGUGUGUGGCCACUAAAAGGAUUUCUGUGAAACCAUCAAAGCCUCUGGUUCUUCCGCUUGAGAAGCUGAGAAAACUGAGCUUCUCUUUGCACCACUUGGGAAUCAGUCGGAUGUGGAGCUGACGUUAUUGUCUUAUGAGCACACUAUAAAUUUUAAAGUCGUUUUUGAUUUUACUGAUUUUUCUUUUCUUUUUAUGAUGACUUCACAGUGAAGAGCGUGCAAGACUUUUUAUUGCUACCCGUUUUGUUUUUAGAACAAAAUACACAAUUAUAUAAUGGACUGCAAAUAAAAUUGUUUGCUAAGCUUUAUUUGUGGUAUUGUCAAGGGCAGACCACCAAACAAUGAAUGUUAAGCCUCAAGAGACUUUUUUGUGACACUGCUGGGAAUAAAAUCCGAUGGAGCAAAGGUGA